AAAAAAAUAGAAAAUAAUGUAAACAAACCCAUUAAGAAAAACUGAAUCUUAAAGCAAGCUCUUCGUCUCGUGAUAGACAAACUCCAUCAUCAUACUUAGGCCCCCUACCUUCGACGAAAAAACUUUCUGAAAAGUGGUUUUUUGGGUGAGAUAGAAAAACAAUGGAGAAAAUGAAUGUGGCGUUCGAGAAGAUGAAAAUCCUAGUGGGGAUGGAAGUUGAUGAGGAAUCUUCACCAGAUGCUGAAGAUUCAUCUUUUUUGGAAGAUUUCAAUCGUAAUUGUACUUUGUCCACUAAACAGAGGCUUUAUGGUUUUGUCAUAUGCUUGGCUGCUGGAAUCACUUGUACACUCUUGUCCAUGCUUGUUUUCUUCAAUCCGAUCAAAUUUGGACUAACAUUCUCCUUCGGCAAUCUGCUUGCUCUAGGAAGCACAGCUUUUCUUAUAGGACCCAAACGGCAACUAACCAUGAUGCUUGAUCCUGUCCGCAUUUAUGCGACAGCUAUAUAUCUUGCCAGCAUUAUAGUCUCUCUAUUUUGUGCAUUAUAUGUGCGGAACAAGCUGUUGACAUUUUUGGCAAUUUCGCUCGAGUUUGGUGCACUUGUUUGGUACAGCUUGAGUUAUAUCCCUUUUGCAAGAUCGAUGGUUUCGAAAGUUAUGGUGGCUUGCUUUGACACAGAAUUUUAGUGAUAGAUAUUUUGGUGGCCAUUCUUUGUGUCCCUGCAAAACCUCUUUCUACCUCUUACCCUUGUACUGAUGAGAACAAGAAUUUAAAUCUCAGUGCAUCCUUUGGCAGUUCUAGAGCAAUGGAAAGACACAGACGUGUAUAUAUUUUUGAGGUGAUGCUAUUGGGGAAUGUACCUAUGUUCUGUUCAUAAGACUGCUUUUGAGUUUCCAGGUGAUCUUUAUUGUGAUAAAUUGGAUAUUGAGGAAGUUAUAUAUCUACUACAUUAUUGGUCCAACAAUCCGUUCGUGCA